GCUAUAAGAGAGUAACCAAGGCCCAGAUUCAAGGGGAGGAGGAGUUGUCUCUACUUCUUGCUGCAGUGGCAAGGUCACAUUGCAUAAAACCAGGUAGGACAUAAGAUAUUAUUGCACCAUCAUUUGAAAAUUCAAUUUGCCGUAACCAUGGAAUGAGAGAGAAGAGAGGAGUCAUGGAUGAUUCUAGGGCUGUUGGCCCCAAAGGGUGAUGUGGUCCCUUUGAGAAACAUAGGCAGGCUGCCCUCUUGGGUAGGGUUCUCCCAGUGGCUUCAGUCUGGCUGUCCACAGCCUUCACCUGGCUCACAGGAAGCUCGCACAUCUUGCUGUACAAAGAUGCAGCCCUUCUUGCUACGUCCAUCCUUUUGCUUCAUGCUGCUUUGGGUGGGACCAAAACCUCAUUCCUCGGUUUCCCCAUGGGGUGGGCACACCUCUCCCUCUCUCUUUAACUUUCACUGUUUAAAAACCUUGUAGUCAAUGUCAAGCUCAGAGUGAAGGACCUUCCUUUGCAAGUUCAGUCUAUAUGACUGUGGUAGCCAGUCUUCAAGACAGCCGCCCACGUCUUGAUAUUCACAUCGUCUUGUAGUCUCCUCCCACAAGGACUCAGAUCUCAUCCAUGUGAUGAAUAAAGUGUAGCAGAGACCACGGUUUGUGACUUGUGAGGUUAGAUCACAACAGGCACUGUGGCUUCUGCCUUGGCCUCUGCCGUGUUGGGAGGACACUCAACUAUCCCUUUGGAGAGGCUCACGUGGCAAGGAACUGAGGCCUCCCACCAACAGCUGUGUGAGGGCUCCAUCUUGGUUGCAGAUCCUCCAGCCCCAGUCCAGCCUUCAGAUGACUGUGGCCCCAGGCAGCAUCUUGACUGCAACCAUGUGAGAGAAUCCAAGCCAGAACCACCCAGCUAAGCUGCUCUCGAAUUCCUGAACCACAGGAACUGUGAGAUAAUAAGUGCUUCUUAUUGUUUUGAAUCAUUAAAUUUUGGGAUAAUUUGGAUGCAGCUAUAGAUAACUGAACCAAUGUCCUAGCACUUCACUGUGGAAUGUGGGAGUACUUAGCAUCUAUCACUUUAACAUCUUGUUACAAGGGUCACCACCUCCAGGAAGCCUUCCCCGAUCACCUAUCUACACUAGCCCUCAUCCUAUCCCAUUACCUUGUUUUAUUUUUUUUUAAAUAAUACUUAGUCGCAAUAUAAGAAAUAAAAUAAAAAAACAAACUAUAGUGUUUAUUUCUAUAUUUCUUUACUGGUUUGUUGUCUCUCCUGUGUCAAUGGAAAGUUCCAUGAAGGAAGGAGCUUGUCCAUCUUUCCACCCAGGGCUUGGUGCCCUAUAGGAACUCAACGCAGGGGCUGUUGUCAUUCUUACUUCUACGCAUGAAUCCAAACUGGGGAGAAAGACAACUGUGUGUGUGUGGUCUGGGGGGUUCCCCUCAAGAUGCAUUUGCAUGUUCUUGACUUUUAAAGAAAAAGAGAACUGAGAGAGCCCCAGACACGUGAGUAAGAGGGACAAGGAGCAGAAGCUGUCAGGUUCUGGCCACUCUUUCUCAGCUCCUGUGUAAGCUGCAGCCAUGCCCACCCACUAUACUAACUCUGUGUGUCGGGACCUGCCAGGGAACAGAGAGGAGGAGGAGGAGGAUGAUGACGAUUACGAGAACAUGGCGCCAUCCUACAAGGACCUUCCUCCUAAGCCAGCUUCGAUGGCUCCACCGAGACCUCCAAGGGCAGGAAAGAAAACAGAGAACCCCCCACGUCCCUGCAAACCCCCAAAGGUCACAGGCCUGGACCUCACCCCUGUCACCUUCACGUCCCCUCAACUGGGCAGUGAUCUGGAGCAUCCUCCAUUCCAGCCAUCCCUAGCCAUCUCUCUGUCCCCAGCCCCAGCCACAGCAACUCCCGUACCUUGGCUCAGUCAGAAGUCCGGGGGUCCCGGGUGCCACCAGGAGGAGAGACUGAUGGUGUACCUGUGUCUGCUGGUGGUGGUGUCGCUGCUCCUGGGCUGCACUGGGCUGGCUGUGACCUUGAUUAAGUACCAGGAGAUGGUGGAAGAACUGAGGAUGUUAACCUUUCAGCAGAUGGCCUGGCGAGCAAAUGUGACUGGAAUGGCGGGGCUAGCUGGCCUGAAGAAGGACAUUGACCACAUAAGAGCUAACACCAACCAGUCCCUGGCGGAGCUUCGGGGCUUAUUAGACUGCAGCAGGGUCACCUGUCCUGAGGGCUGGCUCCCCUUCGAGGGCAAGUGUUACUACUUCUCUCCGAGCACCAAGCCAUGGGAUGAAGCCCGGACGUUCUGCCAGGAGAAUUACUCUCACUUGGUCAUCAUCAGUAGCUUUGCUGAGCAGAACUUUGUCACCAAGGCUCAUGGCUCUCCGCGGGUGUAUUGGCUGGGGCUGAAUGACAGGGACCGUGAAGGGGACUGGAGGUGGCUGGAUGGAUCGCCCGUCACUUUGAGGCAAGUAUCCAGGGCUCUUGGGGUCUCUGCUCCUUGUGUUCCUUAUGCAGCCCAAGCCAGCAGAUUCUCUGGAAUCCCCGGCUGGGCUGGACAGAGGAGGGACAAGGGUGAUUUUUUUCUAAUAGGGCUUCUGAUCCCUGUACCUUUAAUUCUUCUUCUAUUGCAACAUCUCUACCUUUUAGCACAACUGCUCAAAUACAUCAAGUCCCCAGGCCAAUGGUUGGGAAAAAAGGAAAUGAGAGGUGCCUACAGGGUGUGAGGAAGAGGAAGAUUGGUUUGCCAAAAGGAUGAGCAGGAUCUCAUUUUUUUUUCACUCUACGUAUAUUAGCUCGUUUACUUAAUCUUCUUAAUAAUCCCAUAAGGAAAAUACUAUUAUAAUCUCCAUUUCAAAGAUGAGGAAACUGAGGCACAGAGAUGUUAAGUGACCUGCCCAAGCUCAGACAGCAAGCAGGUGGCCGUACCAACCAACCUAGCUCCAAAGUCUGCACUCUUAGCCAUUAUGUUUACUUCCUCAAGGAGUGUAUGUGUCGUAUUUUAAAUAAAUAUUAACAAAUUGUCCCUCAUACUGGUUAUACCAAUUUAUUCUCUCACCAGCUUGACUAUGCUUUUUUUGCACGCACGUUCAUCAAACUUUUGGAAUUUUGUUGGUUUAAUUAUAGGUGAAAAAUAGAAUCCCAACGUAGUAUUAAUUUGUGUGUUUCUUAUAAUGACUGAGAUUGGGUAUCUUUUUGUAUGUUUAAUAGCCAUAGGUAUUAACUUUUCUGUGAAUAACCCGAUUCAUAUUGUUUGUCUCUUUUUAUAUUGGGAUUUUGGUCCUUUUUCUUAUUGAUUUCUAGGAGCUCUUUAUAUGUUAGAGACAUUAGUGUUUUGUUCUAGGAUCUCAUUUUGUAUUAAAGAUUCCUGGAAGGAAGCGCAGCUCUGUAAAUAGAGAUGGCAUGGCAUGGGUAGCACUGCAGGUACCCAGUUUAGAUCCCUUCAUGGGGCUGGUGCAGCUAUCUUCCAGCAGGGGGCAUUGGCUGCUAAAAGGUCACAGUUACGGUUUCUCCAGAGAGUUGUCCUCAGCUGAAUGGAAGCCGGCUCACCUAGGAGGUUACCCUACUCCCACUGGGGUCAGCUCACAGCCGACGACUGGCCAAGAGAAGCCUGGACCCAUUGUCUCAAGUUGGGAUGGCUCUAUGGUGCUAUUCACACUCCAGAGCUCCUGGUGGGGUCAGGCUGAGGCUGGACCCAACUGAAGCCACGUCCCGGUCACCUCCAUCCUCUGGUCCAUGCUGCUUCUCUCACUCCCUCUCUCCUGAGAGCAUCCCUGAAUACACCCUGUGCACCUGAACUGCUGGGCCAGGCUCUGCGUUAAGGGGAGCUGAUCUAAGACGUUACAAUCGCUGGAAGGUUGGGAGGAUUAGGGGUGCAAAGGAAGGAUUCUUUGGAAGAGGAGGCAGGAACUGACCAGAUGCAGGAAACUGGUUCAGGAGUGGGGAGACUGUCAGGGAAGUGGGCUCAAUUAGGACAGACAAGGAGGGGUGAAGGGAGUGAGGCAGCAUCCUCAGGUAAUUCUGACAGGCUGAGGAAAUGAUUCAAAUGAAAGAAAACGCCCUGAAACAUGAAGGCCUUUCUUUUUCCCCUGACAUUCUUUCUAAAAAAUUUAAUAGACUUUAUUUUUUUUAGAGCAGUUUUAGGUUUACAGGAAAAUUGAGCAGAAGGGACAAAGAUUUCCUGUGUAUAUACUCCUUCUCUCCCACACACGGUUUCGUCUGUUACAAUCGGGCACUAGUGUGGUGCAUUUGUUACAACUGAUGAACCAGUAUGGACACAUUGUUACUAACUAAAGUCCAUAGUUCAUAUUAGGGUUAACUCUUUGUGUUGUACAUUCUCUGGGCUUUGACAAACACAGAACAGUAGUUUCAUGGCCCUGAGAAUCCCCAGUGCUCCACCUCUUCAUCCCUCCCCACCCACUUUCCCCAUCCAGCUUCUGGGACCCGGAGGAGCCUAACAACAUGCAUGACGAGGACUGUGCCAGCAUGAACAAAGGGGGCACCUGGAAUGACCUCUCCUGCGACAAAACCACGUACUGGAUCUGUGAGCGGAAGUGUUCCUGUUGAAGCCCAGGCUGAGGCUGGGUGGGGUCCGCACCUGAGUGCCCCUUGGCUCUUGAGAGGAGGACCACCUGCUCUUCAUGAACGGCUCUGCCUUCCAUGAACCAACAUGGACGCGCCCCAGUGGAACCAGCAGCCUGGAUGCAGCAAGUUCCCUGGUGCAAGUCAGACCAUUUCCAGGGCAAGGACGUGGAGGUUUGUUCAGUUGGAUGGUGUCGUGGUCCGUUCAGGCUGCUAUAACAGAACCAUAGACUGGGGGACAACAGACAGGUGUUGCUCACAGUUCUGGAGGCUGGAAGUCCAAGAUCAAGGUGCAGGGAGAUUCCAUGUCUGGUGAGGGCCCUUCCUGGUUCAUUGACACAUCUUCUCUCUGUAUCCUCACAUGGCGGAAGGGGUGAGGGAGCUCUCUGGGGUUUCCUUCAAAAUUCCAAAAUAGCUGUAUUGAAAGCUAAUAAAAAUUAAGUUAUAAGAGGUAUCCCAAAGAAAAGUCUAUUACGUUCUGGCUUUACAGACAUCAAUAUAAUCUACCUUCGAAGGAGAACCCAAUAUGAGCCCCUCCCAGAGUUAGUGAGAUUCUGAGAUUUUCUGGGAAACUGUUACGUUAUUCCCUUAAACAGUUAAGGGGAAACUAAAAUUAAAAAUUAAUGGAAUUGUUUAAUACUGCCAGAAAUACAGUUUGGGUCCAACUAUUCUUUUAUAAAUUAGUGAGUUUUGUAUUGUACCUGAUUCAUAGCAAAAAUUUAAUGAAAACUAUUUAAGGUCUCUGCUUGCAUCUGUCUAUGUACCUAUGUAUGUUAUAUAUAUGAUGUUUUUCUACCUCUGGGUGGUAUAAUUUCUAAAGGAGCUCUAUUUAAUUGGCUUAAAGUAAGCUUAUAUAAAUUAUUUCUAAAUGUAAUAGAAACUAAUCCAAAUGUCUUUCAAGUUAACAUGAUAUAAAAUAAUCUUUGGUAAAUGAAAGCUUAUUUAAGUUUGUUGGUUUUAUUGAAAUAAACAUGUUUUCAGAGUUAUCAGCGUUGGAUAUGAUACACACAUGUUAUCUCUGUUACAAAACUUGUCAGCAAAAAAUAAUGACAGAAUAAUAACUGAUUUUGUCUAAUGUCUCAUGAAAUUUUUGUAGGAAAUCUAAAUAUAAUUACUGGAAACAAAAUAA